GCCUCGUGAAGGGAAGGUUUGUGUUCUGUAAUGGUUUUGAAUGGUGUUGUGGCCGCCGAUUGCUUGGAGCUGUCGGAGAAUAAGUUUAAGGGUGUGCAGUCCCCUGCCUCCUUAAUUGUGUUGCUGCGCAGGUGAUAUCAUGAUAUCAGUCGGGAUAGCAAAGUGUCGUGCGCAGCGCCAAUCGAGCCUGCCACGAAGGAGGCUCCGAUGGGUGAGACGGAGUCAAAGCCUUCACAACGCAGGUGCUCAUCGUCAGGCACCGCGGAAACUAGUGAAGGAACUCAUGGGGCAGGGGAAGAUUCUACUUUUGAGAAGGACGGAGAAACGGAGGAGGAAAACAACCCAGGAACCUUGCAGAACUCCUCUGCGAAGGACUUUAGUGAUGCAGCGUGGAAGCUGGACACUCAUGAGGUUGAUGAGACUCUUCCAACUAACAAUGGUGGAGCGAGUGAUGGUCGAAUUGCGAAUGGCAUGCCGCAGAAAGUAGGCCGGAAACGGAAGAAGACUAUUCAUUACAGGAAUUCUAGGGUGCCACACGCUAUUCCUAGAUUGGAAAUUGAAAGUGAUGAGGAAUCUGAUAGUCUGGAGAGACACGAAGACGAGGAAGAGUUGCCAGUGCGCCCUCCACCAGGACUCCGUACAGCUGCCUCAAAGGGUAUUUCAUUUUCUCCAUGUUUGUCGGGAGAGGAUGUCGCUGAAGUCUACGAAAUCUGCGUAUUGUCUUUUCGUUUUGUGUUGUUAAACCAGCUGAAUGCAAUGGUACCUGUUGAUGACAAGUUAACAAAGCCUCCACGAAAUGCUAAGGAGUUAAUGGCAACAGGACUUCUUGAAGGGCGUUAUGUGCGGUGCUCAUGUCGUGGCGAACAACUCACAGGGAUUCUUCAGGAUAUGGGUGUGGUGUGUAAUUGUCGUAUCUGUAAAGGGACCCAGGUGGUCUCUAUCUCAGCAUUUGAGGCACACUCAGGGAGCACUUCUCAUCACCCUAGUCACAAUAUAUAUCUUGAAAAUGGAAAGAACCUACGUGACAUUUUGAGUGCUGGACAAGAAUCUGCAGAUUGUGGAGGUGAUAUAUUAGGAGCUCUGAAGCAUGCAAUAGGAGAAAUUCAAGGGAUCCCAAAAAAGGAGGGUGCAUGUGGGAAGUGUGGUAAACGUGAAGGAGGGGAUUUCGUCUCAUGCAAGGAACCCAAAUGCUCAGCUGUUUAUCAUGCCGAAUGCGUCGGGCUUCCUAGUCCUCAUCGAGUCGAUUGGUUCUGUGCGAAGUGCGAGAAGGCGCAAGUAAAAAUGCCGAAGACUGUUCUCAAAAUGAAGCGUCCACCUGCCGUAACAGACAGAGAAGAUACUCGAUUAAAAGAAAAAGAGCUGACGGUAAGAUCAGCCCGGGAUGCACAUCUUCACAAAGCACUUUUCCUGCCAGGCGGCUUGGCGGAUGGCACUGAGCUUGGAUAUUAUGCUAGAAACCAGUGUAUUCUUAAGGGCGUGAAGCAAGGCGGAGGUAUAUGCUGCAAAUGUUGUAAUCAAGAGAUUAGUUGCUCUGCAUUUGAGCAACAUGCUGGAUGUGAAUCUCGACGAAACCCAUAUGGGAGCAUUUUGUUGGCAGAUGGUCGGUCUUUGAAAGACAUGUGUAAAGAGUUAGCCUAUCAGAGCAAGCUUGGAGAUAGAGCUCAUCAAGUUGCUCGAACUGGGGAUGUAAAGUCGAGUUCUGGUAGUGAAGAGCAAGGUGUUCUUGCAUCAAGCCAGCGUUGUGAAUCAACGUGGUGCAUCAAUUUUGGCACGCGUUUUUCUUGUCAAGAGGCAGAUUCUGGUCACCCGUUGUGCAAGAUAUGUCAGAAGAAUGUAGAGGGUGCGCAUAAAACAUCAAAAAAACGUGUAGAUGCAACUGCUAAUAUUCCAGCAACAGAUGACACAGGGCGCAAUGUACGGCUCUUUCAAGCACCAGAUUCAAGUAGUGGCUGCGCCAUCUGCAAGAAAUGGACAUUGAAGAAGUGUGGAUUUGAUAUGACAAUGUUGGUUUGUGAUCAAUGUGGACGAGAGUACCAUGUUGGCUGCUUAAGAGAAUCCGGAAUAUUGGAUGAGCUACCAGAGGCCGAAUGGUAUUGCCAGCCGAAUUGUCAGCAUAUAGUGCAAGUUCUAUCUCAGCUUGUGGCAAAUGGACCUGAGUUAUUAUCAGACAACAUUGUAAAUGACUUGUUGGAAAGUCGGCAACAUCAACAGGGUAUUGUUGAGAUGGCUGAAUCCAGUAGCCCAGUUUUUGGGUGGCAAAUCUUACACGGCGCUGGUGAAAACCCUGUCAAUGGACGCACACUUGCUCAGGCUGUGGAGAUAUUUACGGAAUGCUCUGAUCCAAUCAAGGAUGCUCCUUCUGGACAGAACAUGAUCCCCAUCAUGGUUUACAGCCGGAGGUUUAAAGACUAUGAUUUUGAUGGGAUUUACUGUGUGGUUCUAACGCUCAAUGAGAAGGUGGUCUCGACAGCUUUACUGCAAAUUUUUGGUCGGGAAGUUGCUGAAGUUCCACUUAUCGCGACUAGUGUUGAUCACCAAGACCAGGGUUUCUGCAAGGCACUCAUGACCACUAUAGAAAGGCUCCUUGGCGUUCUUAACGUGGAACGUUUAGUCCUCCCAGCAAGCAAGAACGCAGAGUUUGUUUGGGUGAAUAGGUUUGGAUUCUCUCGUAUGGAGGAUGCACAGCUCAAACAUAUUCGUUCAAUGAUGGGGUUGUUGGUCUUCACUGGCACUACAAUGCUUGUAAAACACAUUGAUGCGGUGACGCUUGACGAGCGUAUUUCUCUGGGGAAGUUCGACAGGACACAACAUGUUGACGAGCUGCGCACUUUGAGCUUCAAAGAUCGAACUGGAUAAUGACCAGAGCAUCGCAGAAAUCUGAAUUCGGUCAACGACGUUGAAAAACGUAGCCGUAGUCUUGAACUGGGAUUCCAAGUACCUUUGCUCAAUAUACGGAUAAUCUCAUGGUAGGAAUAUGAAUUCUUUGCAUGGAGUGCUCGAACCUUGGAGGUUCUAAACCAUAAGGUGAAGUUUGAGCAUUAACACGAUCACUCAAUUAUGUGCACAAGUAUCAAAGCAUGGUAUUUUUUAUCAAUUUUCAAAGUUAAAACCAA